GUAAUUAUACUAGUAUCUUCAAUUGAGUCUCCAUUUUUUAAUUCAGAUUCAAUCUUUGUUUUCUUCACUACUGUGCUUUUCUUUUAUGCGUACAUAAGUAGUAAUAUGUAUCUUUAUUCUUGCUAUUUCACUCUUAAUUAAUUAUUUUUAUGUUGCAAGUUCUGUCAAGGGGAGGGGAGGCUGUACAGAUGACUACUGACCAUGAACCUAAUACUGAGCGGGGCAGCAUUGAGAACAGAGGUGGCUUUGUCUCAAACAUGCUAGAAAAAAGAAACUUCUUUUGGAACAGAAUGGACCACAUGUUGCAAGAAUCUCAGUUUACGAGGGGUGUGAGAGAGAGGUUGUUGAGGCUGGGAAGCAAUCCAAUGAGUUCUUGCAAUAGUUAUCUGCAGAAAGUUCCGGCUAUUGUUCAUGGAAACUUGAAGCUCUCCGAGAGCCAUGCAAUCCUAUUAUAUCUUGCUUCUGCUUUUACUGGAAUUGCUGACCAUUGGUUAGUAGAACCAUCUCAUCUGCUUCUUGUGACCUGAUGAACUGCUAUUGUUCC